CGCAGGAAGACGUAGCAGCUUUCUCAGAGAGAUCAGCAGAGCAGAGUGCGGUUCCCUGGGGAUCAUGCUGAACAUGCUGCUGCUGUGCUGGGGGUUGCUACAGGGAAUCCAGGCCAUCCUCACCUCUGACCUCAACAGCAACCACCUGCAGGAGAUGAGCUCCAGUGUGAAUGGGGGAGGCAGAUCUGGUUACACAAGCCUUCUGCACAAAGUCAAGGAGGCACCUGUAGAGCGUUCAGGAACUUUACCCAGGCUUGAGUUUGACAGGAUGGAUGUGGAGCUCCAUGCUGCUGAUGAGGAUCUUGUACAGAAAGACACUGUACUGGAGCCACAGGUGUUGUCUGCAGUACUGGAAGCUCAGGACCGUGAGGAGCGCUCUCCCCGCAGAUGUGUCCGCCUGCUGGAAUCCUGCCUUGGGCAUCAGCUGCCCUGCUGUGAUCCAUGUGCCACCUGCUACUGCCGCUUCUUCAAUGCCUUCUGCUACUGCAGGAAAAUCAGUGCCAAUUUCCCCUGUGGCAAGAACUAGCUUUGGCUCUGGAGGGAUUUCUUUCCCCUCCACCUUCUUUCUUUCACCCCUUGGGUUAAUAACUGGUGUGUCCAUG